AAUGUACUUUCGGUUUCCUAUAUUUUGAAACCUGUUUAUACUAGGGCAAGAUCCAGUGUUAUUUUGUGGACCGGCGUAUAUUUAUGCUAAUAUGGAAAGUGACGCCCGAUAUAUCUAAAUUUUUAUUCGAAUUCGUCGUAUAAUGUCCUCUAUAUAAACAUAGUGAAGAUAAACAGAAUCGAACAGUUUAUUCAGUACACAGUUUCCAAUACAACAAUGAAUACCGUAUCUGCUGUUGCAAUCUGCAUCUUGGUCGCCGUCGCCCAAGCGGCCUCCGUCAAAGAAAACAACAAAGACAGCAAACAAAACAAACGUAGUAUCGAACACGGAUGGGGCAAUGAACUCGGAUUAGGAAGUUACGCUGGAAGUUACGGUGGAAGUUACGCUGGAGCUUACCCAUCUUACUCCACUGGCUUGUCUGGAGCCAGUUUAGAUGCCGCUUCAUUGUCCUUGUCUUCCGGAGCAGUCCCAGUAGCCAGCGCUGACUACGGUGCAGCCCUCUCCUCAUCUGGAUUCAGCUCUGCAGCUCUCCCAGCCGCCAGCUACGAUACCGGUGCCCUAGCUUUAGGUGGUGCCGCCGUAGCUGCCGCUCCCGCCAUUGAAACUGCCCCAUUAUACUCAGGUGCCGCUGUAGCUGCCGCUCCAGCCUACGCUUCCGCUCCAGUAUACUCUGCCCCCGCUUACGCUGGCCCGACUUACUCCGCUGGCCCGGCUUACUCGACCACUGGCCAAGUCGUACACAUUUCCAAAGAUGUCUUGAUCAAGAACCGUUACGCUGUACCAGUCGCCCAACCAUACCCAGUCAAAGUUGAGAAACCAGUGCCAUACCCAGUUGCUCAACCAUACCCAGUCAAAGUUGACAAACCAUACACCGUCCACGUUCCACAACCAUACCCAGUACGUGUUGAAAAGCCAGUACCUUACCCAGUUGAAAGAGCUGUACCUUACCCAGUUGCCGUCAAAGUACCGUACCCAGUAUACGAACAAGUCCCAGUACAUAUCCCAAGACCAGUCCCAGUUCCAGUAGUCAGGAAACAAACUUGCAUCCAAUCUAACUCCGAAUUGGUACCUCUUCAUUCCUUGGGAGGAGUUGGAGCUGCUGGUAUCACCGGAUACUCUUACUAAGAACUUGAAGAUCAGCGAUAUGUUUUUUGUUUUACAGUUUAACGUCAAAACAUUUCAAUAGGAAAAUCAGCGAGUUCAUUGAACGAGGCAUUUCUAGUCUUUCACUACAUCAGCUUCAAAAAAUAAAAAAUAAAAAAAUGCCAAGACGAUGAUAUUAUCGAUCAUUUUUUUAAAAAAGACGUUUUUCAAAUUUACACCUAUUUGUUGUCUUGUAUCAUUUUUAUGUAUUUUAAAUCCAAUAGGGAAAAAUUUCAUUCGAUGUUAGACUUUUUUAUAUUAAAACAUUACCCUUAAA